AUGAUACCGGAAAGAAUUUUUAUCCAAACUUUAAUUGGUCGUGUAUUAGCGGAUAAUAUAUAUAUGGGCCAACGAUGCAUUGCUAUUAGAAAUCAAGAUAUUGGAGUUGGACUCGUUAAUCGAUUCAUAACCUUUCGAACACAUGCAACUUCUUGUCGAGUUCGUAUCUCCAUCUCUAUUUUCGAUUAA